GGGCAUUUCACCUAUAUAAUUACAUUUCUCUGUAGCUGGGGGGAAACAAGGGAGGCAUAUGUAAAGGAAAGAAGAAGAAGAAGACGACGUCGUACGAGGGAGGAUUCAAAGAAGUAAAUAGAUAAGAGUAUAUAAAUGAGUCCACCAGGAUCAGGAGACGCAACAGUUCGGGUAUGUUAUAAGAUGACAGUUUUCAUGAGAGGAGAUUUUUGGCAUGCGGAAACCCCCACCAACAGAUCUCUCCCAUCGCUCAACAGCCAAUUGGUCAUCGUCAUGCUCGUCACUCGCAUUCUCAGGGUUGCCUUCAAGCCUCGUAUUGUCGCUGAUAUUCUUUUAAGUAGUCUUAGCUCUUAUAAAUAUUGAAAUGUCAUAUCUUCUUAUAUAAAUGUGAAAAGAAAACUGAAAUAUACUUUCGUACAAUGUGAGUUCCAUAGGAUUUUCAUGUCAAAAUUGUGUUAUUCAUCUAUGUUCGGAAAUAGGUGCUAACACAACAGUUCGUUUGUUAUUAUUAUAUGUGUAAGCAUGUUAUAUGUGUUGGUUCGUAUAAAAUAAAAAUCAAGUAUAAUUUGUUGAGUGCAUUUCACCCGUGACCAGGGACAGAUCUACAGAGGAGCAAGGGUGGUCAAGUGACCCCUGCAACCUCUGAAAUCUGCCAAUGAGGGGGAGAAAAUUGACCCCUGCAAAGUGUUUGAUGAAAGUCCCCAAAGGGGCGCAGACUAUUGCUCCAGUUUUAUAUUAAAAAAAGGGCGCAAACUCUGUUUAAACAGACAGCCCGAUACCUCCCCUCCCCCAAAUCAGUUUUAGCUCAUAUUUUUUUCCAAAUGUCAAACCCUAAAUCCCCAAACCACCGGUGCACUUAUGAUGCAUUCUUGAGCUUCAGGGGCACAGAUACACGCAAGGGAUUUACUGAUCACCUCUACAGGGCUUUGGAGGUGGCAGGGAUCCACACUUUUAGAGAUGAUGACGAAAUCGAGAGAGGAGCAAAUAUUUCAGCAGAGCUUCAAAAAGCAAUACAAGAGUCUCGAGUAUCCAUCAUUGUCUUCUCCAAGGACUACGCUUCCUCGAGAUGGUGCCUGGAUGAACUAGUGACGAUCAUGGAUCGUAGAGAAACUACUGAGCACAUGGUCAUGCCGAUUUUCUAUGAUGUGGAUCCAUCCCAUGUCAGGAACCAGACAGGAAUUUUUGAAGAAGCAUUUGCCAGACACCAACAGUGCUUCAACAAGGAGAUGGACAAGGUGGAGAAGUGGAGAAAAGCUCUCGGAGAUGUUGCAGAUUUGGGAGGGAUGGUUUUAGGAGAUCGGUCCGAGUCGCAGUUUAUCCAAGAAAUAGUUGAAGUUAUUGGAAAUAAACUAGAUCACACAUGGAAUAGGAGAUUAAGAGUCAAUCCCCAUGUAGUUGGAAUAGAUUGUCGUGUGAAAGGCCUAAACAUGUGGUUAGAAGAUGGAUCAACUGAUGUUGGAGUAGCUGUAGUCUAUGGGAUGGGUGGAAUUGGCAAGACCACCAUUGCCAAGACUGCUUAUAACCAGAAUUUCAAUAAAUUUCAAGGUAGCAGAUUUCUUGCAGAUAUUAGAGCAACUUCAAUACUUCCCAAUGGUUUGGUUCACUUGCAAAGGAACCUUCUUUCAGAUCUCCAAAAGGGGAAAGCAAAGAAAAUAUACAGCUUGGAUGAAGGAAUCACAAAGAUCGAACGGGCGAUACGUUGCAAAAGAGUUCUUAUUGCUCUUGAUGAUGUGGACAACUUGGAACAAUUCAAUGCAAUUCUUGGAAUGCGAGAAUGGCUUCAUCCAGGAAGUAAAAUAAUCAUAACAACUAGACAUGAACAUUUGUUAAAGGCUCAUGAGAAUUGUGCAAUAUUUGAGGUGGAAGGGUUGCAUGAGUAUGAAUCACUUGAGCUUUUCAGUUGGCAUGCCUUUGGACAACCCCAUCCUGGCGAAGGUUACAUGGAUUUUUCAAGACCUGUAGUGCAACACUGUGGAGGGGUUCCAUUAGCUCUUCAAGUUCUAGGAUCUUCUCUCUUCGGAAAAGCUGCAGAUGUAUGGAAAAAUGCAUUACAGAACUUGGAUGUGAUUACUGAAGGAAAAAUUCAAAAGAUUCUCAGAAUAAGCUUGGAUUCCCUGCAAGAUCAUGACAAACGUCUGUUCCUCCAUAUAGCAUGUUUCUUCAUAGGAAAAGACAAGGAUUUUUCAACUACAGUCCUUGAUGAAUGUGAGUUUGCCACAAACAUUGGAAUUCAAAAUCUGGUUGAUAGAUGUCUGCUGAUAAUUGAUGGACUCAACAAGUUAACCAUGCACCAAUUACUUCAAGACAUGGGAAGGGGAAUUAUUCGCGAAGAAUCGCCUGAGGAUCCUGGAAAACGUACUAGAGUGUGGAAUAAAGAUGCUUCUAAUGUUUUGAGAAAAUUAACUGGUACAGAAACUAUUAAGGGCCUCAUGCUCAACAUUCCUAUGUUAAUAAAAGAUGAGUCUUCUAAGAUAAUAUCCAGUGGAAGUAACAGAAAAAGAUUCCAUGUUGAAGAUUAUGAUGGAAACUGUUCAAGCAGCCGACGUCGGCUUGGUUUCUUCUCCUGGCAGUCAAUUAGUUUUUCUUCAACAAACUCAUUUCCUGUAUCAAAUGAGACAGGUUUCAAAACCGAGGGAUUUAGAAGGAUGCACAAUCUUGAACUCCUGCUGCUUGAUAAUGUAAAAAUCAGUGGAGGCUAUGAAGAUUUCCCAAAAAAUUUAAUAUGGUUGUCUUGGCGAGGAUUCGCUUUAAAGUCAAUACCAACCAAUUUUUACUUGGAAAGACUAAUUGCUCUUAACUUGCGGAACAGCAGCCUCCAACAUGUUUGGAAGGGAACUAGGUUUCUUCCAAGACUGAAAAUCUUAAAUCUCAGUCAUUCACAUGGCCUUGUGACAACCCCUGACUUGUCAGGAUUCCCUAACCUCGAGAGAUUAAUUCUUAAAGGUUGCAUAAAUUUGAAAGAGGUGGAUGAAUCCAUUGGAGAUUUGGAGAAACUUGUUUUCUUGAAUCUAAAAGAUUGCAAAAAUCUCAUGAAGCUUCCAAUAAGAAUUAGUAUGCCGCGAUCUCUCCAGAAACUUAUUCUCUCUGGUUGCUCAAAUCUUGUGCUGCCUGCCAGUAUGAUCCUUAAAAAUCAGUCAGACUCUACACCUACUGACAUGAAGAAACUCAGUCUGUUAUUUGCAGUUAAAUCGUGGCAAUCAAUCCGAUCAUGGGUAUUGCCAAGAAAAAAUCUCCAACUUACCAGUGCAAGUUUGCCACAAUUUUUAAAAAGCUUAGAUAUGGCGUACUGCAAUCUGUCAGAAAUUCCCAAUGAUCUUAGUAGCCUAUCCUCAUUGGAGUAUUUGGAUCUAAGUGGAAACCCAUUUUUGAGCCUAUCAGUAAACAUGAAUGGUCUUAGUAAGCUCCAGACUAUUUUGUUGGAAGGUUGCACAAACCUCGAAAUGAUUCCCGAGCUCCCACCAAGUGUAGAGAUUUUGCGCGCAUGGUAUUGUACUUCAUUGAAAAGAGUACUACUAAACUUACCCGACAUGUUAAAAACAAUUAGACGUGCGGUUUUAAUAUGCGAGAAUUUAGUUGAAAUUCAAAACGUGUUCAAAAUGAGACCGUUGAGAAGCGUCGACAUAGAAAUGAUCAAAGAUAUCGGUUUGUUCAAUUUGGAAUCCAUAGGAAGCACUGACGUUGAAAUGCUCAACUGCUUGACAGGUACAACAAGGAAGGGUCCUCUCCAGGGACUGGAUGAAUGUGGUAUAUUUAGUAUAUUCCUUCAUGGGAGCGAGGUUCCAGAUUGGUUCUGCCACAAGUCGAGCAUGGGUAACUCUGAGCUGUCUAUAACUAUACCUCCACAUCGAAAUUUGAAGAUCCGAGGCCUAAAUGCAUGUGUUGUGUAUGCACAAGGUAAGGUUCGUGAUGAGAGAUUGAUUUACUUGGGCGUUCCCGUUCUUCGCAUCAGUAAUGAGACCAAGGGUCUUAAGUGGAGCUAUGUGCCAGUCACAAUAGGGUUUCCAAAAGAGAAGGAACAUAUGUUAUGGCUUAGUCAUUGGCGAUUCGCAAACGAUGAAUUGGAGGGUGGGGAUGAAAUACGUGUUUCGGUAGAUAAAAUACGUAGUUCGGUUAGAAUUGAAUUCGAUACGAAGGAAUUUGGAAUCCAGGUUGUGUACGAGCAGAAUAAUAAUGAGGGUAGUGUAACCGAAGAUAUAACCACAAUGUUCCAGCAUGAAACAACUACCCCUUUGAUCCAGAAUCAAGUCAUUGCUGGAGAUGUGUCAGCGUUAGCAUCAAGGUUUCAUAAAAAUUAUACAAAUAAGGUGGGUGAAUACUUUAUUUGUAAUCAUAAUGAAUUAUCAUAUUUCUGGAGCCAAUUAAGGCCUACAAGGGUCACUUGACCAACAUUUUGAAAAUAUUUUUCUCUAUGUUAUCCAAAUUGUUUUAUAGGUAUAAUUAUUAAUGACCCUUCUCACAAAUGUAAAU